AUGGCGACGGUCAAUCGUCCUACCGACAACGCCGUCAAGGAGAAGGACAUCAAUUCGAAGCUCCAGCUCUACGGCAUUUUCCAAGCCUUCUCCAACGGCAAGGUCCCUUCGAACAAGCAAAUCGAUGUUGCCCUGAACAGCGCCAUCACCUCUAAAUUCCUCUCCUCACCGUCUUCGAAGCUCUCAAGCGAGGGUCGCGAGCUCGUCGGUGACUUGAGAGAGGUCAUUCGCCAAGCUCAGCGACUUCUCUUGUCGAAGAACGACGGAAACCUGCUUCAGGAAUUCAUUUGGGACACCCAGAACCUUGACGCCACUAACACCAGCCUCCCCAAUGCCCCCACGGACAAGGACACCGCCCGGCAACACGGUGAUCAAGCUCUUGACGGCCUCAAGACACUUGGCAGACUUGUUCUCUCCAAUGGCCAGUUCCGCAAACUCCUCAGCGAUGCCGUCACCCUCAUGCGCGAUGUCGCUGGUGACGCCGCUCAGAAUGUCGCCGGCAAAGUCAACCCGUCUGAAGAUCGGCUGAACCAGAUUGACGACCCGGCUGAAGAUAACACCUGGCAUGACGUUCCCGACUUGUCGCGGGAGAACAUUCGGAACCAGGCACGUGACACCUUCAACAAGAACUCGCCCCUCAGCCGCGAUGACAUGAGGGAAGCCGCCAACCAAGGCGCAGAUACCGCCCAGCAACACCCAAGCCAGGACAACCGUGAAGCUGGCGUCUCAGGCUUGCAGAAUGCUGCAGAUCACCUACAGUCUCGUGCAGACCAAAAUGUUCCAGACGAGCGCAAGGAAGACGCAAAGAAAGCCAAGAAUGCGACGGCUCAAAAAACGAAGAACUAUGCCAACAAGAAAUUCCCGCAAGAGCGUCGUGACCAGACCAUCUGGCGUCUAAAGAAGAUGGUGGUUGAGAUCCAAGGCCAUUCAGACUAUCGCCAAGCUAUCGAUACCUUGCUCUCUCUCGCAGAAGAGUACGGCGGUCACGCCAACAACUUGACCUCGCAAUCUGCUGGGACUGUCAAAGGUGCUCAUGGAGAUAAUCGUUUGCAAAGUGCAGAGGCUAACUUGAAGACUCUCAUUGAACGCUUCGCCAACUAUACCAGCACUGAUGACUUCUUCGAUGCAUUGAAUACUAUUUACCGCGAUGCCGAUCGUGACCCAGAACUCAAGGAUUGGUUCAAGGCUGUCGACCGAUAUAUUCGCAAGUGCCUUCAGGAGCAGGGAUACAUUCUUCAGGAUGAAGCCACCGAUGAGUACAAUCGUCUGCAUGAUAAGGGCCGUUUCCUCCUCCGCGACCGCUACCGAGACCACACCGAUCGUAUCCUCGAUGAGAUCAAGUUCCUCGCGGAUCAGUUCGACCAGGAUCCGCAGAACAAGGCUUUCGGAGACGCUGUGCAGAAGCUAUUCUUGGAUCUUGGCAAUGAUGAGAAUGGCAAGGCCACCUUCAAGCCUCACCUGGUCAAGGAUAUCACAGAGGUCAUCAUCCCCGAGAUCUUCGAGAACACUCGCUACAUCCCCAUUCCCAGGAUUGAGGUCUCGGACCCCAUGAUUGAUGCUGUCGUCGAAAACCUCGUCAUCGAAAGUGAUAACCUGUUCCCCAAUGUACUCGAGUUCGGAAGUGACAACUACUUCCGCAUGGGGCGCAAGGGAGUCUCCAACAAGAGGGAUAACAAGGUCACCAUUGCAGGCUCUGGUGUCCAGAUGGACCUUCGAGACGUUGCCUACUACAUCAAGAGGAAGCAAGGAUUCCCGUCCAUCACUGACAAGGGUGUCAUGGACAUCUUCCUCGGCGGCGAGGGUUUCAGCUUCAAAAUCUCUGCUCGCAAUGCGACCGCUAGCGACCGCACCCAUUUCGUCGCUGUGGACAAAGUCGACGUCACGAUUAAGAAUCUGAGUGUGAAGAUCAAGCAGUCCAACCACAAGCUGUUGUUCACCAUUGCCAAGCCAUUGUUGCUUAAGGUCAUGAAGCCGGUCAUUCAGAAAGUUCUCGAAAAGCAGAUCAGAGAUACCUUCACCAAAGCUGACGCUUUUGCUUAUAGCGUGCACCAAGAUGUGGAACGCAGCAAGCAGGCGGCGAAGGACGAUCCUGAGAAUGCACCGAAUGUUUGGCAAUCUUACCUCAACUCCUACCAAAAGAAGAUGACCGAGAAGAAGGAGAAGGCUAAGGACAAGGCUUCGAAGACCAACGUCAAUGUCGCAGUCACCAAGGAAGAUUCCAUGUUCAAACAUAUCAACCUGCCUGGUGGUGUUUCAACCAAGGCUACCGAGUACAAGGAAUUGGCUCGCAAGGGCGACCGAUGGGAAUCUCCUAUCUUCAGUAUUGGUAGUGCCAAGGAGUCUUCCGACCUCCCCAAACCCGGCAAAGUCACCAGGAAGCCCCAUGAUACGGCCGCGGGCAGAAUUCGCGGAGGCAAUCACCCCAACACCGGUGAUGACAUGUCGGCUGUUUCUGGCACAACCGCAGCGAGCAACCCGAUGUCCGCCGCCAAUCCCAGCCAUGCUACAGCUGGUUUCAGCAAUCAGGUUGACCAGGCUUUCGGCAGCUCGGGUGGUAACAGCGGCACCGCUAACUUGAGCAAGCCCAACCCCAGUGGCACCUACUACGACGGAGUGACCCAGUAA